AUGGGCGACAAAAGGUACACUUUUCCAUAUAUUGCAAUAGCUAUAAUUGUUCCUUCCGCAUUUAACACACAAGUUCACAAUAUCUGUCCUAUUUGCAAUCAAGAAGAGGAAACUGUUCUUCAUCUUCUCUUUAACUGCCAGUUCGCAAGGUCUGUGUAUCAAGCCAGUCCAAUUUUUAUAGAGAUUUGUGAUGGAAUGUCUCCUAUGAGUAUUGUUCAAGGUUGGUUAUCUCAUCCAGAUCAAGGAAUUAUGUUAAACUUGGGUGCUUGCUUCAUAUGGAAUAUAUGGAAAGUUUGGAAUGAUGUCAUCUUCAAUAAUGUCCAAACUUCAGUGCAAAAAUGUGUGAGUAAUUCUCUACAAGACUUUAAGAUGUUUGAUUUACAUCAUGCCUUCAACUUUUGCUCAAGUUUAAAUAUCAGUCAAUCCAAUGUAGCAAUCUGGGAACGUCCUCCGUCUCUAUUCGUAAAAAUAAAUAUUGGUGCAGCAUUUCAUAAUGGGAGAAGUGCAGUGGCAGCAGUGGCUAUGGACUCUUUUGGGUCGUUCCUAGGAUGUGGUGCUGUUUUUUUUUAUUCCUUUUCAUCCACGGCAGCAGAAGGAAAAGCUUACAGAUUUGGUAUUCAAUUGGCUAGCAGAUUACAAGUUACCAAGAUUAUAGUGGAGGGUGAUGCUCCUGACAUACCUAAAGCUAUUGUGGGAAACACAGAGGAAAUACCAUGGUGUAUUAAAUAUACGGUCAUGUCAAUUAGAGACUGUGCGAAGGACUUUAUUGAAGUUCGGUUCACGGCGAUUCCUAGAGACGCCAAUUCUAUUGCUCAUGAUUUAGUUCAAUGUGCAAUUUCUAAUAAUGUAAACAGAUGGUGGGCUUAUAAUGAGCCACCAAGUUGUAUUUCAAACUCUCUCGGGUUUUCUGAGAGCUGA